UCCCAGCUCCCCACUUUGAUCGGAUCACUAACUAAAAACCACACAAUCAAUACCCAUUUUUGUUUACCAACAUCACUGAAAACUUAAAUUGAUCUUUUUUACUUAUUUCUUAUUUACGUAAUCUGUUAGUCCAGUCUAGUUGGUUUUACAACAACUCUCCCAGACCUGGUUCUGGGGUAGGAUGUCAGUUCAGAUGAUUCCUGGAUCAAGGCCUCAGUUAGUGGUUCUUGAGCCCAACCUGAAAGCAGUUCCUCUGUGUUGCUCUUGCUAUGUUAAGGUGAAGUCUUCAUGGCAACAAGUUGACAACGGUUUCUUCUUCAAGUUCCAUGGGGUCCAUCAACCAUGAAUUAGCAUGGAGUUGAGUGGCUGCUGGCUACAGUUCUGCUUGAUCCUUGAUCUGGUAUCCCCACUUCUUGUCCUGGUUGGUCAUGGUCCCGUGCUCAAUGACACUGGUUGUACUGCUGUGCAUCUUUGAUUCUACCCCUUUUAUCCUGUUGGGAAUCAACUUCCAUGUUUGGAAGAGCUUGUUUUAGUAGGGCUGGAAAUGUCUGCACCAUGGUGCAAAGCCUUCUCCCCAUGAGAAGCUGAGCAGGGCUGUAUCCAUUCUGCAGUGGACUAGAGCUAUAUGCAAGCAGUCCAAGAUGGGGAUCAUCAGCUUUCUUCAAGAGAUCUUUUAUGGUCUUGACUGCUCGUUUAGCUUCACCAUUACUUUGUGGAUAUUUUGGGCAGCUUGUGAUGUGAUGAAAUCCUUAAGAUUGUGCAUACUCUGCAAAAAUAGCUCCAGAGAAUCGCGGUCCAUUAUCUUUCACCAGCUGCUCCAGCUGCUUUGUGGCAGUAACCAAAGCCAUUUGCACAAAUCUUGAAGCACACUCAAGUUCUAGAGGGUAAGUUUUAGUUCCCAGCGUGAACAAAUCUGCUCCUAGUUUUUGUUCCUGGCAUUUCACUACUCCUUGGUGACCAUUGCGAGCAUGUCAUUUUUCAUUGAUGAAGGGAUAACAAGUCUUUCACCCUUGAGUAGCAGUCCAUCAUGUACUGAGAGUGAUGCUCGUUCCACCCAGUAGGGUCUAAAUCCUGGAUCACCGCUGUAGUGUGACGGCCAUUCUUGCUUGCAGAGUUGCAUCACUUUUGCACAAACACAGUCUAGUUUAGUCUCUUGUCUCAGGUGCUCCAAGUAGGAGAUGCUUGUUGGCAAGUUCUCCAUUAUAAUGUCCACAUAUAUAUCUGCUUCUUCCAACAACUCCUUGUCCUCUGGUGUUUCAUUAUGUGUUAUGGGAGCAUGUGAUAACAUGUCUGCCCUCCACAAACUCUUUCCUGCCACAUGCGAUACGGAGUAGGAAUAACGCAUGAGGAGCAUCUUGAACCGUUGGAUCUGUGAUGGAAGAGCAUCUAACUUUUGAGACCCUAACAAGCUCAGGAGCGGUUUGUGGUCAGUCUCGAUUUGGAACUGCUUUCCAAUGCUUUCUUAACCUUUCACAAGCCCAAGUGAGGACUAGCGCUUUGUUUUCUCUAUUUGGGUAUAUCUCUGCUCUGUUUCCGUGAGAGCUUGUGAGAUCUGAGCCACAGGUCGCCAGUCAUUCUCCCAUUUCUGGAGUAGGAUGCUCCCCAGUCCGUAUGAUGAUGCAUCUCCCCAAAAUAUGCUGUCCUGAUUUGGAUCAUACAUGGCCAAAACUGGAGGUGAAGACAAAUAAUCGUUUAGAUCUUUGAAUGCUUGAACCUGGUCGACACCCCACACCCAGUGGUUCUUUUUAGAAUGAAGGUCUCAGAGGUUGAACUUUCUCAGCUGAUUAACGGUUCCAAGGAAACUUCACUGUUUGGAAACACUUGGUGGUUCUCAGAUGGUUUUUCUCACAGCUUUUUUGUUGCUUGGGUCAGGACUGAUGUCACCGGCUUUGAUGCCAUGACCUAGGAAGGUCCCUUUUUGCUUUGACAGGUCACAUUUUUACACAUUCAAUGAAAUCCUGCCUCCUGCAACCUCCUCCUCUUGUGUUCUUCCCCAGACCAGCACAUCGUCCAUGUGGCAAACCACACCCUCCACUGUCAAUGACUUCUGACAGUCUAUUCUGUAAAUGUUCCAGAGCAGAAGCAAUGCUACAGGGCAGUUUUUUUCUUAAUUUUGUCCACGAGAGGCAAUGAAACUCUCCGAGGUGCCUUUAAUGAGAAAGGCUGAGCAUCUGGCCUUAACUUGAUACCAUUUGGCUGCUUCACUUCACCAAGGCCCCAGCACAGUUUUGGGUAGCUGACUUUUAGUGUCUCAAUGGUUGUCUCAGCGAGCAACUAGCUCUAUCUUGUGAAUAGCUGGUGUUCCCAGCAGUGGUGUGUGAAGGGGUUUCAAGAUUUACACAUCCUCUCCUGCUUCUUUGUCUCCUGUCUGUAAUCUCAAUUCUGUGUAUCCAAGAAUGUUUGAUGGCAUUCUCCCAGGUUUUAGCAGAAGCUUGGUUGAUUUUUGAUGAGUGGGGUUUUUGAAGAUCUUCUUGAGCUCCUGGAGUGGCAAAACUGUCAUAUCAGAUACUGUGUCUAUUAUGUGGAUGUCUACCAUCCACGGCUCUCCAUUGCUGGUAACGCUACCAAGGAAUAAAGGAUUAACAUCUUCUUCCACUUCAUGCAAAGUCUUUUUAUUUUUGCAUAUUCUUAUGUAAUGUCCUUUUUUUCGGCAUGCAUGGCAUACAGUUUCAUUAGCCGGACACUCACGUUUUGGAUCUGCCACACUUAUGACUCUGUGCAUUUGGUUUAUUGGGCUGAUUCCUCCAUGGUUUGCUCUGUUUAAAGUCUUUAUGUUAUUUGGUUUUAACCUUUAUGCUGAUUUUUGUUAACAUUUGGCUUCACCUUGAAGUGAAGAUUGCUUCCUUUCCACUUCUUCGCUCUGUCAUGCUUUGUUGAUAGCUUUCUCCAGGAUAAGAUCCGGGUCAAGCCGUUUACUGGACAGACCAACCACAAGUCGAUCACAAAUAAGCAUGAGGCGUCCUGUAGCCCCAGUGUUCUGCUAAUCCAUACAGCGCAGUAACAAAUGCAUCCACAGUCUCGUUUUCUUCCUGCUUUUGCUUGUUCAUAGAUUACCUUUUUCUUCUUGAAAAAGCCAAAAGGAAAAUAUAACUUCAACCGUUUACUUAUUAGAACGUUUCAUUUAACAUCACUAAAAACAUAUACCUCGCUUUUCUGUGUCUUGCUGCGCGCAGGCCGUCACGUCAUCUUAAAAGCUCUAUUGUAUUUCCAACAGAAUUCUCUUAAAAACAAUGUCAUAAUUCACAAUGAUGAGACACAGACACUCAUUAAAAUGUGGUAGGAUGAAUCCAAAAAAACAACUUUUAACAUGAUCCACAUUGAUUCUACCAAUAAUCUACAUGUCACAAACUCUUAUUAGCACUUAUUAGCGUGUGUAUCUGUAGCCGUAGCUACCCAGUAACCGUCAUGCAGGAUUCCUCCGCUGUAAACAGUGUUGAACCUGCCCUUCAUACAGACGCUCAAAGAGAAAGGGAAAAAUAUUGGCAAGAUUUUUCAGCCUCGCAUCCAUCUUCUCUUCUGCUUGGUUUUGACCCGUCCCUAUAGCUGCUGGUAAAUGACUAAAGACAUCUUUAGUCACAUGGUUUUGUUUACAAAGUUUGUUCACGCUGAGGAGGCUCGGUCAGGCUCAAGGAUGAUGUUGUGAAAUGGGCGGGGCCGACAAGGAGCGAAAAGUGGAGCCUCAGAGAUUGAGCUAUUUUCAUUCUGUGUAUUAAAACGGACCACAAGAAUUACUCAUAUUUCAUAAAAAAAAAGUUUUUUAGUGUUCCCAAGGUGAUAUAUGAUUAUAUAUGUGGAUAUAGUUUACUCUGAAAAGCUGAAGAAAAUUGUGGUAUGACCCCUUUAAUGUUCUUAUGCCUUCAUAUUUAUCUAACAUGAUUUUGAGCCCUGAUGGACCAUGUGCUUUUUUUUUAUUUGUUUUUUUUCUUCUUCUUUUUUUAGCAUUUGGCCUCAUUUAGUUAUUACGGUCCUCGUCUGUGGAACCAUCUCAUUGAACCUCAGAGCUGUAGAACUUGGUCAUAAUACAAAAAAAAAAGACCAUUCAUCAGAACUUUGAAAUGUUUUUAUUUAAACUUGAAAUUAUUUGAUGGGAUCCUUUCUUGUUAUUAGUUUGUUUCAUCCAGCAUCAUGUGUGAGAGUUGUGAACUUUGCUUUUGUCAGUUAUGGUUUCUGGUCAUGUUCUGAAUUAUCCCCCCGUCACUCCAGUUUCAUGAUUCACAGCUGUCUUCAUUUCAGCUUAUUGAAGUGUCUGAUUUUCAGUUCUUCUUUGCCGGGUCAUGUGCUCUGCUCUGGUGUAUCCCCAUUUUGGUUCUCGUAUUUGUUUUGUUGUUUGUCUUGUUCAAGUUUAUUCAUUAAACGUUUACAUUUCAGCCUUUAAUACCGGUCUCCUGCAUUUUCUGUCUACUUUUAAUGAUUUUUCAUAUUCUUGUUGUUUUUAGGUUUAUUGUAAACUUUAUUUUUUUUGUUUUAACUCUUUUAUGUUCCUGACAGGGAUCCUCACAUCAGUGUCUAAGCCUUUUCAGUGAAGAGGGUCAUUACAGUGGAAUCUUAGCAUCUAUCCACAUUUCUAUCUCUAUUCUUGUUUAUAUUUUCAAUGAAUAAUGUCGAAGAGUGGCGGUUGGUGGACUGGGGGCUUUUAUGUGACUUUGUUUUGGUUUUAAGUUUUACAUUUUUAUUCUUUGGAGCAGUUGGUUUUACUCGAGGGGCUUUAUAAAAGUGUUUUUUAUUUGAUUUGAUCACUUCUGCUCUUGACCCUUUUCUGCUCUUUCGGGUUUCAUUUGAGUGUAGACGGAACGGGGGAACAGAGUGUUGGAAACCACAGAUCUGUGAUGUCACGGAAUGUCCCCCACUCUGGUUCAAACACAUAAAAUGUUGAGGAAACAGCAGAGUGAAGUGUGAUUGUCAGAGACAGAAAUGGAAGUCAGACUACACUUCAGUGUCUUCUUGCUGCUUUUAAAGGUUUCAGUUGCAACAUGGAACCGUGUGACAGUCAUGAGGGGCCAAACAGUCAACCUGACCUGCCAUAUCACCGAUCCACAAAAGAACCAUGUGGAGUGGAGGAAUCCAGAUGGAUUUGUCAUUUUCUUUAAUCACACCCAAGGAUUGAAGGACAAAAGAUACUCCAUCAUCAAGCUGUCUAAGACAGAAUUCUCCAUCAGUAUUUCCAAAGUCACCUUCAAAGAUGGAGGCAAUUACACGUGCACGUACUACGACCAGAAAAUCACUGAGACGAAAGUGGAGCUGACCGUGUUAGGUAUUCCCAGAAUCUCCCUCAUAAAGCUUAAAGAAAAGACUUUGGUUAAAUGUCGUGCUAAGGCGAACCAUCACCCACCACAGAUCCUUUGGAGUUUUGACUCUGGCCCGGAAUUUAAUGUUCAUGAACAUGUCCGACAGAGAAACAGAAUCUAUGAAUCCACUGCAUUUCUGCAAGUGUUGCCAGUGAUGAGAAGAUACAAGGUGAAAUGCCGCAUUCAACAUCCAGAUGUGCAUUCGCAGACUUUCAUGGAUUUUGUCACGAUAGGACAAAACCCAAAAACAUCAAUUCCUACAACUACGAGUCCAUCCACAACUCUGUUUAUAAGGACAACAGCUGAUGGACUCAGACUGAGUACAACAGACAAGAACGAGCUGUCAUCUGUGUCCGAAGAUCCUUCACAUCAGUCAGCUUCUUCCUGGACAGCAGAGAGCAAGAAGUUCCUCAGUAGACUUCCUCUAAGCCCUGGCACAUCUGAAGUCCCCCUUCUCAGUUCUACUGGUGGAACAGCUGAAUCUGCAGUUUCAGAGCUCGUCAUCCCAUCUAACAGCACAGACAGGAACUCAACAGGGAUCUUUAUGAAAAAAGAAAGUCAAAGAAGUCCUGCUAUAUUGAUUCUCUUGGUCACUUGUCUGAUCGUUGCCCUGAUGGUCGUCGUGGGUUUUUUUGGUAUCAAGUUGAAGAGAGCCCAUUUUGCUUGGAGGCGAGAGAAUGAAGAUUCCAAUCCAUCAGAGGAGAGUAACAAGUCAAAAUCAACCCAGGAAGACAAGAACUUUCAAGGGCAAAGACACAAAGGACUCUCCAGUGGGACGUUCACACAGUAUGUUGCAGAGAAACCAACAAAUACAACUUCAAUUCCUAAUACAAGUGCACUAACAUCAAAGCAAACUGCAGAAAAAGAGCAAUCUCAAAGCCAAAUCCCAAGUGCAUCCAAAGGCAUCAUAAAAGAGACUUCUCUUUAACUGUAUUUUGUAUUGUUAUCAGUGAUGUUUUUGUCCAGUGUUUACAGGUGAGCCAAUACUAAUUUAGUUGUAUUUGAAAAUAUGUGUAUAAAUGUAUAGUAUAAAUUGUUUAUUGUAUUUUAUUUUUUUUAUAAAAAAUUAAAGAAAAAAAUUGAAGAGAGUUUGUGUGCAUUUUGUGCUUACGUCCACAUCAAUUUCACUGAAGCAUUUACAGUCAGAGUGUGUCUUCGGACAUUAAUAACCAUAAAACUUCUUUACAUUUUUUGAAUGAUGAACAUGUUUAGGACAAUGAAAAACUUUACUUUAAUAUAGAAAUAAAGAAAGAAAAAAGAAAAGUUGAGGAUCAGAACUGCAUGAUCCUGGAAAAACUACAACAGACUACAAAAGUUUUCUUUUUCUUCUGUUUCAUUUGAUGGCAGUUUACUCGCCUGUGUAAGAGGAUACUGAAACCUUUUUUUAUUUUUUUAUUCCUUUGGUGUAUUGUUUAGCCUUUUUUAAACAUAUUUUAUUUAUUUAUUAUGUACUGUGUGACAUUCUUAUUUAAUAUGUUUUUUAUAUUUUACAUUUGUUUUUUUAAAUAUAUUUUAGUCACUUUUUUAACUUACUUUAAUGUUCCAUUUGUUAGGCUGUCUAUUCUUUUUUUUGUCUUAUUUAUUUAUUAUGUGUAUUUUUUGUCACUUUUGCUUAUGUAGUUAUUUAAGUUUAGUUAUGGAUCAACUAUUAAGAAUAUUAAGACAGUCAACAGGCUUUUUUUGUUGCAGACAAUUAAAGAAAAUCUCUUUUUGUAGUCAUCAAAGUACCACACCAGCAUGCUGUUACAACAAAAACACUUGAUCCCUGUUUAAAAUUGUGAAAAAUCUGUAAAUGAUCAAAUCUAUUGUGAAAACCUGAGUUAAGGGUUUUGUGGAUAUAUGUCUUUAUUGAGUGGCUGCUCUUAUGGCGACUGCAGACAUACCUACAGAAUUUAUUUUUAUUAGAAGAAACUUGGUUCAAAUCCAGCAUUUGGAAUCCUGUUGCGCCAUUUUGUUAUUUUGUUGGGUCUUUUUACUCUAAAUUACUCAACAUACUAUAAAUAUUAAUAAAAAAGCAGAAUAAUUAUCCAGAUUUUAAAUGUCAUUAUAAUUUGUUUUCUGUAUAAAUUAUUAAAUAAUUGAUGGACAAACUAAAAAUCUGGGUCUUUUUGCAACAAAAUACUAGGGACUGUUACUGUAUGUAAGGAGUCUCUGCAAAGGCCAAAGGUAAUUUAAAACGUGUUAUAAAGAAUGCCCACAUGGGAGCUGUAAUCUGAAUUCAUCUUGAUUUUGGAUGUUUGAUUGAUAAGUUUUUUUUGAGUAAUUUAAAAAUAGAAGAAAACUAGACAAAAAAAAUCUAUUUAUGAUAUUAAACAUCAGAUCUUUUCUUCUGGAUUUCAAGUUCAUUUUACUUCUAUACAUUUAGUUUUUAUUUUUUUAAAGUCUUGGAUGUGAGACAGAUUUUAUUUUAGAGGAAAUGUUUUUCAUGCUUUACUUUGCUUACAUUAAG